GCUUGUGCUUGACGUCAUGCGAGCGAUGACCAUUGUAACCGAGCUAUUGUGAUUUAGUUAUUAGUGGUGAUUUUAUUAGACUAUUUGAUGUUUUCAGUGAUAUAGUAAAAAUGGAGACUGAAAGGAUGAUAGAAGAUACAACGCCGCCUCAGGUGACAUCCUUAACGUCCCUGGACACUGGCGUGCGGCCUGCCCCAAGCAGCCCAGCGUACACCGCGGAGCGAGACACAUGCCUCAACUUGUUCGCCAGAUGGAACGAGACAGAUCAGGUGGAGUUUGUGGAACAACUCCUGGCACGCAUGUGCCACUACCAACAUGGACACAUCAACGCAUACCUCAAGCCCAUGCUGCAGAGAGAUUUCAUCAGCAUGCUGCCCAAAAAAGGUCUCGACCACGUCGCCGAGAAUAUUCUCUCGUACCUCGACGCCAGCUCUCUCUGCGCUGCCGAGCUGGUCUGCCGAGAAUGGCAACGAGUCAUCUCGGAAGGCAUGCUGUGGAAGAAACUUGUGGAACGGAAGGUCCGGACUGAUUCGCUGUGGAGAGGCCUCGCUGAGAGGAGAGGAUGGAUCCAGUAUUUAUUUAAGCCGAAGCCAGGCUGCCAGCACCCCUCACACUCGUUCUACAGACAGCUCUUCCCCAAGAUCAUACAGGACAUACGCUCCAUUGAAGACAACUGGCGAAUGGGACGACACAAUUUACAGAGGAUAAACUGCAGAUCAGAAAACUCGAAAGGCGUGUACUGUUUACAAUAUGACGAUAACAAAAUAGUGUCCGGGCUCAGAGACAACACAAUCAAAAUAUGGGAUAGGAAAACGUUACAGUGUGUUAAGGAACUUCAAGGCCACACGGGCUCCGUCCUCUGCCUCCAAUACGACUCUCGCGCCAUCAUCUCGGGCUCCUCAGAUAGCACCGUUCGCGUCUGGGAUGUCAACACCGGAGCCAUGCUCAACACGCUCAUACACCAUUGCGAGGCCGUGCUGCAUCUACGCUUCUGCAACGGCAUGAUGGUCACAUGCAGCAAGGAUCGUUCAAUAGCAGUCUGGGACAUGACGUCGACGACAGAAAUAAUGCUUCGCCGUGUACUAGUCGGACAUCGCGCCGCCGUCAACGUGGUCGAUUUUGACGAGAAAUACAUCGUCAGUGCGAGUGGAGACAGGACCAUUAAGGUCUGGAACACAUCGUCAUGCGAAUUCGUCCGCACGCUAAAUGGGCACAAGCGCGGCAUCGCGUGCCUCCAGUACCGGGACCGGCUUGUGGUCUCCGGGUCUUCGGACAACACUAUCCGGCUUUGGGACAUCGAGUGUGGACAGUGCAUCCGGGUCCUUGAGGGCCAUGAGGAGCUUGUCCGCUGUAUACGAUUCGAUAACAAGCGGAUAGUAAGCGGCGCGUACGAUGGCAAAAUCAAAGUUUGGGACCUUCCCGCCGCGCUAGACGUGCGGACCCCGCACCAAGAGUUAUGUUUAGGGACUUUGGUGGAGCACACCGGGCGCGUGUUCCGGCUCCAAUUCGACGAAUUCCAAAUCGUGUCGUCAUCACACGACGACACGAUCCUGGUGUGGGACUUCCUCAACUACGGCGGCGCCUCCCCCGCCGCCGCGCCGCCCGCGCCCGCGCCCCCCGCGCAGCCGCGCCCGCGCUCGCCCGACCAGGACCGCGACCUCUACGACUAGCGCAGGUAAUCAUAGGAGACCACAAGGAGACUAUUAUAAUAUUUUAACGAUAUAAGUGCGAUGUGUCGUGCGAUAGAUCUAAACUAAUCGUGGACGAAAAUAAAUUAUUAUUAAAUAUUAUUAUACUAUUAAAUGUUAAUUUUAAACUG